CUCUCUCUAGACGAGUUGCCCGUUUCAUUGUAAGCAAUCCUCUCCGACGGCGUUUCUUCUCUCUCUACACUCGUAGCUCCUUUCAGUAAGAUCCAUGGGGGCUUCUCCUCUCCCCUCUCUCUUCAUCAAUCACAAGAUUUUUGGUCUUAUUUUUCCUUGCUACUCUCUGUAUAGAAAACAUCAAUCUAUAAGGCUUAUUUGCUGUUCUUCCUUGAGCUGUGAUAUUGGGUCUGAUCCCAUUCAGUCUCAAGAGCUUUGCAAUGGCAGAUGGGAAUCUUUUAGAAAGAAGAAAGUGGUUAUGCGCAUUGGUUAUGUUGGAACUGAUUACAGAGGUCUUCAAUUACAGCGGGACAACGGCCCUUCAACUGUUGAAGGAGAACUGGAAACAGCUAUCUUCAAGGCUGGUGGGAUUAUUGACAGCAAUUAUGGAAAUAUAGAUAAAGUUGGUUGGGCUAGAAGUAGCCGAACUGACAAAGGAGUCCAUUCCUUGGCCACCAUGAUCUCGUUGAAGAUGGAGAUCCCUGAAAAUGCAUGGAACAGAGAUCCAAAUGGCAUUAAUAUGGCAAAUACUAUCAAUGCUCAUCUACCCAACAAUAUGAAAGUUUUUGGUGUUUUACCUUCGCAGAGGAGCUUUGAUGCAAGAAGAGAAUGCAUAGCCCGGAUGUAUUCCUAUCUUCUUCCAGCUGAAAUUAUAGGAAUCACUAAUCAGUGUGGCCCUGGGGAAAUCGAACGCCAUCUGCUAGAGUUCAACAAUAUAUUAAAAACGUUUGAGGGAGAUCAUCCUUUCCAUAACUAUACUGCAAGAUCAAAAUAUAGAAGAAGACACUGUGGUGGUAGUAAUUUCUCCAAAGGAACAAUUUCUUCAAAGGAAAAAUCAGAUGCAGAGGAUGAGCAGAGUGAUGAGGAAGAGGAGUCUGGGAGAGCAACCACUGACAACGAGCAGAGUGAUGACAAAGGACUUGAUUAUUCUGAAAUGCCUGAUAAUAAUUUUGAACUGUCCAAUGACGUUGCGGCUCCUCGAGUUCGAGCAAAAUGGGUGCAUGAGCCUGAUGAGAAGGACCUAAUUAGUGGUUCUCAUUUUAGAAAGAUCUUCUCAUUUACCUGUGGCAAACUGGAAACCUCAAAUGAAAUGCCUUUUCUUGAGAUUUGUGUGUGUGGGGAAUCAUUUAUGCUACAUCAAAUCCGUAAAAUGGUGGCGGCAGCAAUUGCAGUGAAACGUGCACUAUUACCACAUGACGUCAUAGACCUUUCUCUCACAAAAUUCUCACGUAUGGUCCUACCUAUUGCCCCUUCUGAAGUUCUCAUAUUGAAGGGAAACAAAUAUUCCUUGAGAAACUUGCCUUGCGGUAGUAAGCCUGAAGUUUUCAGAUUGAUCGAGUCCAAAGAGAUAAAUGAAGCCAUUGAGAAUUUUUACUCAAGUGUAUUGUUACCUCAAGUCUCAUCAGCUUUUCUGGAUCCAUCAAGACCACCUUGGAUGGACUGGGUUGCAAGUAUACCAGAUGCUGAACUGGAUGAAGUUAGGAAAGCAUGGCGUUCAUGGAAGGAUAACAGGCCUGUUUAUACUUACCUUAGGCAGUGAUAAGCCCUCAGAUACCUGUAUACAAGUAAUUUUCAAUUGUUUUGGCAAUACCACCUUUUGAAUCUUCUAUGACAGAUCAUGGGGAUCAAAGCACAUAGGAAGGGAGGGAGAACAAGUUUACCAAAAUUUUGAUAUGGGUUUAUGCAGGAAAUCGUUUAUUGUUUUAGUCAAGAGGUAUGUUUGUUAUUCUUACAGUGUAUUGAGAUCCAUUUUAGUUUUUAUAGAGCUCUUAACAUUGGCAGAUUGUGAUUUUAA